CUGGACGUUUUCGUUUUCCGUCGCAGUUUAUUUUGGUUAUCCGAACAAGAUCGCCUUUAACUGCCUUUACAGGUUCUCAAAUUCUUCUGUAAAAGAUAUUCCUCGUUAUUUUGGUAUAUAGGUAGUGGAUUAUCUCAAUGAGUUGUUAAUCGCGUGAAGAAUUUGUCUGAAAUUAGAACAUGGAAGCCGAUCAAAGAUUCGCACGUGUGACUCAGGACCCGCGAUUCAAAAAAAUAUCACGGAAGGAGAAGAAGCUUAAGAUCGAUGGACGAUUUCAAGGAAUGUUCACGGAUACGAGCUUCACGACAAAAUAUUUUGUUGACAAACGUGGCUCAAAAGUCAAGAAAACAUCAAAAGAAGAUCUUCACAAAUUUUAUGAAAUCUCAGAUGAAUCAGACAAAGAAGACGAUGAAAAAGACUUGGACGAAGAAAUUGAAAAGAAAGGUGUCAAGAUGCCAAAGGAUAAAAAUAAAAUGAAGAGGAGAGAAAAGGAAGAACUAAAACCUAAACAGAAGAGAAAAAAGAUUAAGGAGAAGCUUCAGAAAUUCCACAGUAGUAAUGAGGAAAAUGCUGAAAAAAGCAUAUUAAAUGUAAAAAAAAUUAAAAGCAAAGAGAAAUGCAAAGAUGACGCGAAUGAUGAUGAUGAUGAUGAAGGUGUGAGCUCUGAUAAUGAAGAAAUUGACAUUAGCAGGGGAGAAGGAGACAUAGAAUCAUCAUCAGAUGAAGAGGAUGAAGACAUUCCUGAAAUUGAAGCAAUACAGGAUGAUGUUGAGCAUCCUUGGGGAGAAAUGGGUGUUUCCACCAAAACUACAGAAGAUGCGACAAGACGCCUUGCAGUGUGCAACCUUGACUGGGACAGAGUGACAGCAACUGACCUGUUUGUCCUGUUUAACUCCUUCAAACCCAGAGAAGGUAUUAUUCAGUCUAUCAAGAUUUAUCCCUCAGAAUACGGACUUGAACAAAUGGCGAAAGAGGAAUGCGAAGGGCCAGUGGAGCUUAAAGAUGAUAUCAGUGACAAUGAGGAAGCAGAAGACAGCAAAAACAGAGAGGGGUCUGCAUUUUCAACAGAAAAACUGCGACAAUAUCAAUUAAACAGACUUCGGUACUUCUAUGCAGUUGUGGAAUGCAAUUCAAAAGAGACAGCAGAAGUCCUGUAUGAUGAAUGCGAUGGAACAGAAUUUGAACUGAGUGGAAAUUUACUUGACUUGAGAUACAUCCCUGAUGAUAUGGAGUUUGAUCAGAAACCCCACUCUGUAGCCACAGAACUACCACCUGUGGGCAUGUAUACGGCACCAGAGUUUUGCACAACAGCUCUUCAUCAAACAAAUGUUAAAUUAACAUGGGAUGAAACUGAUCUUGGACGACAAAGAGCAACCAUGAGGAAAUUCACAAAAGAAGAUAUACUUGAAAUGGAUUUUAAUGCCUAUCUGGCAUCUUCCUCAGAUGAAGAUGAACCAGAAAAAAAUGAGAAUGGUAACCAUGACUUGUCAGAUGUUCAACAGUCAGAGAUUCCGACGAAAGUGACGACAUUCCUUCAGAUGUUGAUCUAUCAGAUCCUUUCUUCAGCCAAGAACUUGGCACUGAUAUAAAAAGUAAAAAGACACCUGACAAAGUGUCCAAUGAGAAAGGGAAGAAAAAAAGGAAGCGGAAAGCUGAGGAAACUGAAGAGGAAACGAAGGCAAAGGCGGAGCUUGAAUUGCUUUUAAUGGACGAGAAAGACGACCGACAACAUUUUAGCCUGAAAGGAAUUAUGGAAAAAGAAAAGAAAAGCAAAAAGAAGAGGAAAAGGAAAGCGAAAGACGAGGAAAUUGUGGAGGAUAAUUUUAACGUGGAUCUGAAAGAUUCUCGGUUUGAUGCGCUGUUUACUUCACAUCACUUUGCUGUGGAUCCUUCAGACCCGCAAUACAGGAAAACUAAAGCCAUGGAAACAAUUUUAGUGGAACGACAGAAAAGAAGAGAAAAUUCAGAGGUUGAAAAUGCUCAUCCGAGGCAGGAAAAAGGAGAUCAAAGGCUCAGAAAAGAUCCUAGUUGCUUUGCUUUCUUUAGCUUAUCAUUGCUGGUAAAAUCUGUGAAGUCGAAAACAGGACAAUUCUACGAGCAGAAGAGGAAAAAGAAAUUAAAACAUAAGUAGCCAGCAUCACUCAGAGCGAUGCUCCAACUCUCUCCCAGCUUCUUCUUCCUCAAAUAACUGAAGGGAAUAUUGCUAACAAAAUGACCUAGAACACGUUUGAAUCA